AUGUACGAAGUGCAGCUGGACGGCUGCCGGCAGAGUGUCUUCUUCGACCCACAGCCCGACAACUAUGAGCUUGCAGGCGUCUUCCGCUAUGCGGAGACUCAGCCCCUCAUCGUCUUCGUCGGCGGAGGUUGGAUUGAAACCACCGUUAAGAGCAUCAGCUUCGGAAACCUGCAUGACCUGCGGAAAGGGGACGCCAAGAAGAAGACGUUCAAGAUGAGUCUAAACGAGCUCAACCACACGCCCGCGAAGCUGAAGCUUGCGACAUACGACCUGCACGCGAGCAAGUACUGCGAAGACCUCUGGACGUCUUGCAGCCAUAUCCCUGAUGGCCUCACAUGCCGACGGUUGGACUUGCUGGCCCUGCCGUUCGCCGUGAUCAGUGGGAAGCAGGCCGAGAACGAGGGUGAGGACUCCUCGCAGUCAGCAGAGAGCGGCGACACCUCAGAGGACUCGGAUGACAGUGACCUCGAGGGAACUGACGCACGCACCCUCGAGCCGCAUGAAGAGGCAUGGCAAGAGCUCAUGCGCGACAUCGCGCCAAUCACCCCCAAGGUAAGGGAGGCGGGGGCCAUCUCACGUCGAGCAGUUCUUGUCUUAGGCAAGCCGGCGAGCGGAAAGACCACCCUGAUGCGGCGGCUCGUCUUGGAGAUGCUGAUUGCGUCUGGAGGAGGCUGCGUGCCCCUGCUUCUCGAGGCGAGCGAGAUCGUUGCCACGAUCUACCAUCCUUGCGGCUACUGCGUGGAGGGUGAUGUUUUGGAUGCUUUGCUGCAGAAGCGCCAUUCGACCGGGGCCACCUACAUGCUCCUUUGGCAGGCCCUCUACAGCCGACGAGUCAUCAUUUUCGUGGACGGCGCGGAUGAGAACGACUCGGGUUCUUGGGAGGCGCUCACGCACUACUUGCACUACCUCACAAGCAUUGGCCACCCAGUCGUCCUGCUGGCGCGGCCCUCGUUAUCGCGCUUCCGCUGGCACAUGCGUGACCACUUCGCGGCCACGUCCUCCUACCGCAUCGGGCAAUUCUCCAAGCCACUACAGCGCCUCGCGGCCGCGCGGCUUCCAGGGCCUGCUGCGGAAACCUUCAUGGCGACUUUCCAGCCUUGCGAGACGCUCUGCCGUCAUCCGGGAGGCUUGGCCCUGCUCCUGAGCCAAGCCGAGCUCCGCUUUGCAGCUCGCCUGGCUCCGACCAAGGCGAAGGAGCUCAGCACAGACCUGCUCACACAGCUCGUGGAGACCGCCAUUCCGCAUCUCAUUACUUUUCACCUCUCCGCCUGCCUUCCGGACGGCGCAGCGGCGCUGGUGGCGCAGGUGCUCGAGGUCAUGGCGAUGAAGCUCUUUAUCGACGGCGGCGACCUGCUGCUACCGGAGGCAAUGCAGCGCGUGCUGGACACAGAGCAUCCAGACCUGACCGGCAGCUGGCCCUUCGUGGAAUCGCUAAUCACAGCCGGACAGUUCAUCCUCGUGGAGCCAUGUCUACCGUCCUUCCACGACGAGCGCCGCGGGAAGAUGGCGAUGCGCUUCGCUCCGCUGCCACUCCGCGACUUCUUCCUGGCCCGGUGCUUCACGCGCUACAUCGGCGAAAAGCGGGUGCUAGGGCUGCCCCCUGCAGAGGACAUCAUCUUCGACUCGGACUGGAACCUGUUCUUUGAUUUCCUGAUCGAGCUGGCGGCCACAAGCAACGUCUGCGUGACGGUGGACCUGAGCAAGAAGCCGGUACUGUCAGAAGCAAACUUGGCCAACUUCACAGCGCGUCUCCGAAACCUCCAGACACCGGUCAUCGAGAUGCGGCUGCCGCCCAACCAGGAUGGGGCCUCGGCGGAUGAAAGCCCGGGGAAAAAUUCCAAGACAAACUGCGCGCAUGAUAGUUCUAAGGUUACUGGGCAGCCUUGA